AUGGCGGUAGGGCCCAUCGUGUUCUCUUCCACAGUUGCGGGGGACACAGUUGUCCCUCUCACGCCGGACUUUCAGGAGAUCCUCACCCCUAUUGCCGGCUCUGACCACCAUACUGUAACAUCAACCAAUCCGCAAAACAAGAGCCUCAUUACCCCAGCCACCCACCCAAUAAGUGGCCAGAUGGCCCUUCUGGCCAAUCAAAUCAUGGAUCCCCGGAUCCUGGGCAAUAUGAAUGGGAGAGCGGAGCUUCCUCAGUUCCUAAGGGCCCCCAACCAGAGCAUUGUCUCGCAGGUGAAUGCCACCCAGGAGGACAACCGCAAGAACAGAAAAUAUCCCUGCCCUUUGUGUGGGAAACGUUUCCGCUUCAACAGCAUCCUUUCACUGCAUAUGCGCACACAUACAGGCGAGAAGCCCUUCAAGUGCCCAUACUGUGACCACAGGGCUGCACAGAAGGGCAAUCUCAAGAUACACCUCCGCACUCACAAGCAAGGCAUUCUGGGCAAAGGGCGAGGGCGAAUCAGAGAGGAGAACAGGUUGCUUCAUGAGCUAGAGGAGAGGGCAAUACUAAGAGACAGGCAAUUGAGAGGCAGCCAUGUUGGCCAUCAGCAAACGUCCCAUUCAACCCCAUUCAAUCAGAAGAGCCAGCUGCCCCAGGUUGCCCCCACACAGCUCCAGCUCUCCCAAACCUCCUCUGUGGAGAUCUUGUCGCAUACAUCCACAUCUCCUAAAGUUGCUGUAAUCCAAGAUGAGCCUGCCCAGCCACAGCCCACCGGCUUCCGUUGCUCCUUUUGCAAAGGCAAGUUCAGGAAGCAGAAAGAGCUCGAGCGUCAUAUCAGGAUUCUACACAAACCGUAUAAAUGCACUUUGUGUGAGUUUGCUGCUUCACAGGAGGAGGAACUCAUUGGCCAUGUGGAAACCACCCAUAUCACUGCCGACUCGGGCCCAGGUCAGAAGCCUGCCAUGGCAGGUACAGAGAAAGGCAAGGCCAUAGGUGAGUUCCCCUGUGAGGUGUGUGGCCAGACCUUCAGCCAGGCCUGGUUCCUGAAGGGGCACAUGAGGAAACACAAAGAUUCGUUUGAACACAGCUGUCAAAUCUGCGGUCGCCGUUUCAAAGAGCCCUGGUUCCUCAAGAAUCACAUGAAGGUCCACCUCAAUAAACUGGCAGCCAAAGGUAAACUCCCCACUGAGCAUGAAACAUCUGCUAACAUGAGUAACCUAACACAAGACCCACAGGCCAAUGUCUACUCCCAGUACAUUUCCAGCCUACAAAACAGGUUCCUCACGGCCGACAGAGCUGGUCAUCAGCCAGACUACAGCCAGAUACUGGCCACAGGAGGCAUUGAGAUGAAGGUUAGGGACAUGUUAGGGAGAAUGAUGGCCUCAGGGCUGAGCCCUUUAACUGAAGGAGAGGGUCUUUCUCUGCAGGGUUUGAAUCAUCUUCACCCUCCACUUGGCUCAAACAGUAUGGAAUAUCUACAGCAGUCUGUUACUGAUGGAGACCCGCGCAACAGCAGAAGCUACCCCGGCUGGCAGAUCAUGGCACCAAGAUUGGCUGUAGAAAAACUGAUGCUUGUUCCAAAAGACAAGCUGCAGCAAAGUUCCUACCUGUCUGAGAGAUGUUUGCCAGUUGAUGAGAGGAAAGUGUUUCUCGGCGAACCAGACGCUAAGGCAGUCAGCAGACCCAGUACCCCUGGAAGCUUGAGUCACCGUGGGCCAGCUGAGACGGUCACAGAGACAGGCUCCUCUCUGUCUGGUGGUGCUCAGGACAGCCGCCCACAAUCUUCUUCUCCAGCUACAGUCCUGUGUAAUGGUAGACUCACUCUGGGGGCUUAG